AUCGGAGAGGGCAUAUAUCGAUCGCUCGGCGCUCGCUCUCGGGGUUCCGUCUCGGCGCGCGGCUGCGCGGCCUUCAAUGGCGGCGCCUGAGGAGGAGGAGGAGCGGUUCGCGCGCGGCGUUACGGAGCUCCUCGCGGGGUGGGAAGCGCUGCAGUUGGCGGUCGCGCAGGGCUUUGGGGGCCCCGAGAGCCCCGAGAAAGCGGCGUGGCUGCCCCGAGCCAUCCUGCAGUUCUUCCGCCAGAACGCUGACCUGGAGGAGGAGGAGGUGGAGGACUUCUUGGCCGAAGUGAUGGACAACGAGUUCGAUACGGCCGUGGAGGAUGGGAGCCUGCAGCAGGUCAGCCGGGCGCUGGUGUCACUCUGGGGGUCCCCAAUCCAAAGCCCCCCCACCGUCACCCCCUCUUUGCCGCCAUCGCAGGAGGGGGCGGAGCAAGAGGAGGAGGCCAUGGAGUGUGGGGACCCCCCACCGCCCCCCAGCGACGGUUGGACCCUCGUGCGGCGGCGACGGUGACCCACAAGUGGCCCC